CGUAGUAAAAAAAAAAAAAAAAAAACGUCCGUCAACGGGAGGAAGAGGGCGAGCGUCCUGCACGAGGACAGGUGAAUCACCAUGACGACAGAGGCAGGUGAGCCACAGGAGUCUUUCCCUGAAGCUGCCGCCCACUCCACACCGAAACAGGGAGGGGAGGGCAGGCUGUCCCAAAGUCAACCUCGGAGCUCAUUGGCUGAUGACUCGUCAAGUCACCUGUCAUCGAACAGUCGGAUCGCUCGCUCUCCAGCAAGAAACCCGCUGAGCUUCAGGACGAUGCAGACCAAAGUGACCCUGCUGGACGGGUCACUGUUCACUUGCACUGUGGAGAAACGGUCUCGUGGUCUUCAGCUGUUUGAGAAAGUUUGUGACCAUGUCAACCUGCUGGAGAGAGACUACUUCGCUCUGUGCUUCAGAGAUGCCGACAACAACAAGAACUGGCUGGAUCCAGCGAAGGAGAUGAAGAAGCAGGUCAGAGGUGUUCCCUGGAAUUUCUCCUUUAACAUCAAGUUUUACCCUCCUGAUCCCACCCAGCUGUCUGAGGACAUCACCAGGUACUUUCUGUGUCUCCAGCUCAGACAGGAUAUAGUUUCUGGUCGUCUUCCAUGUUCAUUUGCAACUCACACCGUCCUCGGCUCCUACACCGUCCAAUCAGAGCUUGGAGACUACGAUCCCGAUGAGUGUGGUUCAGAUUACAUCAGUGAACUCUGUUUCGCCCCAAACCAAACAAAAGAAAUGGAGGAGAAGAUCAUGGAGCUUCACAAAACAUACAGAGGAAUGACACCAGCUGAAGCAGAGAUGCACUUCUUGGACAAUGUGAAAAAGCUUUCGAUGUAUGGAGUGGACCUUCAUCACGCGAAGAUGGUAGGAAGCCGCUUUGAUUGCUUGCCUUCAGCUAAGUCAGAGGACUCGGAGGGCGUGGCCAUCAUGUUGGGCGUGUGCAGUAGCGGUCUGCUGGUCUACAGAGACAGACUGAGGAUCAACAGAUUCUCCUGGCCAAAGAUCCUGAAGAUCUCCUACAAAAGAAACAACUUCUACAUCAAGAUCCGACCUGGAGAGUUUGACCAGUUUGAGUCCACUAUUGGUUUCAAGCUGCUGAACCACCGAGCAGCAAAACGACUGUGGAAAGUCUGUGUGGAGCAUCACUCAUUCUUCAGGCUGAUGUCUCCAGAGGAAACUCCUAAGAAGUUACUCUCUCUGGGUUCAAAGUUUCGUUACAGUGGUCGCACUCAGAUUCAGAGUCGUCGAGCCAGUGCUCAGAUCUCCAGACCUGCACCGCAUUUCCCACGAUGCAUCAGCAAAAGGAACAUGAUGAGCCGCAGCCUGGAUGGAGCUUCGAGGGCAGCAUCCACUCUGAUUGGCUCUCCAGCUAUCACAGCGUCUCCUAAAGCCAAUGGUGGCACGAACACAGAUAUGGGGGCGGGGCUGUACGGAGCAUCUAAAUUCAUCACUGUUAGUGACCUCAUCACCACGGUAACACCUGAGAGGAGGACAGAUGAGAAGAGGGCGGAGCAAGUUGAGGAGGUGCUCGUGUUGGAGAAGGAGGUGCAGGGAAGGUUAGAGAUGGAUAAAGUGGAGGUGCGGGAGGAAGAGGAGGAGAAGGAGGAGACUGGAGAGACAGUGAUUUCCCAACAGAGUCCUCCGACUCCUCAGAAACAGGACACCAAGACAGAGCUGACUGACACAGCUGUGGACGGAGAGCUGACAGCUACAGAGUCUGAUCAAGAUGAAGACUUGAAGACUCAGGAGACAUUGGGGAGUCCAGAGGAGGAGCUGAAACCUCAGAGCACCAUCAGUGCUCUCAGACGCUCCUUCUUAGAGGGAGGAGCUGGAGGAGGAGGGAUGACAGAGUGGGAGAAACGUCUCGCCUCCUCACCACUACGGCGGCUCGACGACUCCCCAAUGAUCGAGCCACUGGAGCCAGAAGAGGUCCUCCCCCUGGACAGCUACUCAUCAGCGGAAGGAGGGGUCAUGACAAACCAAUAUCCUCCUCAGCCAAUCAGAGAGAAGAGCUGCACUGUCGGGCGGAGCUAUGACACCGCCUCUGGCAGGGUCGUCACCAUGACAUCCAUCGACGACAGCUCUGAUGUUACCAUGACAACAAAGAAUAUUGAGAUGGACAGGCAGCCUAAACCUACAUUUGAUGAAAUGUCUCCUGAGCUGACAGCUCUGCUGAGGUCGGCCAAAGAUCAAACAACGUUCAGAGAACACAACCUACUCAAGACAUCAGAAAAAGUGGAGACGGUCUUCCUAAUGACGGAGCCAUGUGACCGAGACCAACCAAUGGCAGACGAGCCUCAGGUAGCAACAGGAAGUCUUGUGGGUCCACCCCCUAGUAACCCCCCGCCCCCUCCACCAGGGGCCUGCAUGAUGCAUGCUGAUGAUGUCACAGAAGAAUGGGCCAGUGAUGAUGACAGCAACAAUGCUAAUGAUGCUAACCAGGCCAAGAGUGCAGCAGAUAAACAUGAGGUCAAUUAUGAUGAUGUCAGUGAUGAUGAGCCUAGCAGCCAGGCUAGCGAUGAUGAUGCUAGCGAUGCUAGUGAAGAUGUUAUCAGCGUGUUAGCACAGGCAGCAGUGGAGGAAGCCAUGGAGGCUGCCGUUAGACAGGCUCAGAGCCCAGUUAAUGAUGCUCAUCAGGAUAGCAUUAAUGCUAACUUUGCAGCUAGCCACAAUGAGCAUCAGCUAACUAGCAUGGAGAAUAGGAACAGCCCCAACACCAGACGCCUUUCUGGUCUGGGCUCUCGACCCACUGGUGCUGUGUCCCAGAGUUACCAUGACAACGAGGACUCCGAUGACUCUGAGGAGGAUUAUGGACGGUGGCGGUUUGAAGAAAACUCCCCUCCUCCCUCUUUACCCCGCCCCACCUCCAGGUGUUCACCUGGCUCCACCAAUCAGAUGCAGCCAACCAACCACAGUGAUGAGUCUAAGGAAGUCCCAGUGAUGAGGAAGACUCUCACAUAUGAAGCUCCAGGGAGUCGAGCAGACUCUGAUCCUCAUACAGGUUUGCUGCUGAGCUCUCAGACCUUCACUGCAGAGACCGCCAACACCACUACAACCACACACAUCACCAAGACGGUGAAAGGAGGAAUUUCAGAAACCAGAAUCGAGAAGAGAAUUGUGAUUUCUGGAGACACUGAAAUUGACCACGACCAGGCUCUGGCGGCGGCGCUUAGUGAGGCGCGGCUGCAGCAUCCUGAGCUGUCCGUCACUCGAGUUGUCGUCCAUAAAGAAACAGAGGUCUCUCCUGAUCAUGUGAUUGAUUAGUGACAUCACAGGACUGACUCAAGAAGCCUCUGCUACAUUAUGGGACUUGUAGUCCAGACUACUGAGCCAACAAAGACACUGCUUGCCAGCAACAUUCAGUGGAAAUGAAUGGAAAUGAGGAUUUUCACACGCACACACAUGCAUAUACACCUGUACAUAAACAGCAGCACCUGUCUGUCUGACUGGAGGCGGGGCCAGUGGCUAAGUUAGCUUCAGAGCAGUUAGCACUUAGUGUUAGUUUGAGUAUAUGGUUAUAUUCAGUUGAAGGCUUCAUGAUGGUAGUUAAGUCACAUUUAAGACCACGAGCGACUCUGUUCUGUAUUUAUACAACACAGACAGGUGGGAGGCAGACAGGUGAGAGACAGACAGGCAAGAGACAGACAGGCGAGAGACAAAUGAGGCUGCUGCUGUGACACCAUCAAUGCGUUCCCAUAGCAACCUGACAACCAGAACCGGUCAACCUCAGAUGAACCUUCAUAACAAAUGAACACCAAAACUGACCUGUUGCUGCAUCUACUUCCCGUUUGAAAACCUCCCACCCCCACCACACACACCUAACAUUCUGACAGGUUAAAGCACACAUCUGAAUGGUUGGUUGACUCAGGUGCAUUUAGAGACAGCUUUAUGAAACAUUCAGGAAACAGUUUGUAUCACAUUAGACAGAUUUGUAAUAAUAACCUCGGGCCUGUGUCACCUGGUGAGGUCACCCGACUCUAAGUAAACUGGAGGAGGAACUUUUAUUCUGAAAGCCUGAUGCAAACCUUUUUCUGUCUUAAAUAUAAAACAGCAUGAUUGCUAGCACUGUAACCACAGCUAAAAUUCAGCUCUGUAUUUACCCAUAAUGUAAUGGUAAUGUGCCAUUCUCUCACCUCGCCAUGAAAUCCCUCAUUUGGAAUUCUUUUACUCAUCUAUGUGUUUAUUGUUUUUUGUGUAAGUUAUUUACUUAUUGAUUAUUUAUUGAUCUAUGUUUGUAAUCCCAAAUAGACUGACCACUCCCCCUGGUGUCACCUUACACACUAACCACUCCCCCUAGUGUCACUUUACAGACUGGCCACUCCCCUUGGUGUCGAGCUACAGACUGACCACUCCCCCUGGUGUCACUUUACAGACUGACCACUCCCCCUGGUGUCACUUUACAGACUGGCCACCCCCCCCCCCCCCCCGGUGUCACUUUACAGACUGGCCACUCCCCCUGGUGUCAAGUUACUGACUCACCACUCCCCCUGGAGUCACUUUACAGACUGACCACUCCCCCUUGUGUCGUGUUACAGACUGACCACUCCCACUGGUGUCACCUUACAAACUGACCACUCCCCCUGGUGUCACACUAUAUUUCUGUUUUAAUUUCUUUAUAAUAAAUUCAAACUGUCUUUAUUCACUGAACUGAAAUAAACAGAUAAAUAAAUGAUCUGAUUUGUGUUUUUACGACAGCAGGAAGCUAUUUGAUGUUGAAGGAUUUGGUUGAAGCAGAGAUGUGACACACUGAUACGCUCUAGGAGGUGAAAUGAGUGAGUGAUGCAGCUUAUGCACAUGCAAAGCCAGGCUGCAGCGACCCAUCUUUGUACUCAUGGCCCAUUGUUACUGUGACACAAACACAGUUCUUGUCCACUCGACUUGGUGAAGCUGAGGUCACCUCACCAUCAUCACAACACCUGACAGCCGACAUUUCUUCAGGUGAUGACACCUUCUGUUAAAGC